AUGACACAACUAUCCUCACUAAGACUGGCUGUGGCAUUCAGCGACCCUCAGCACACGACGGCGCGUUAUGCUUUUGAACAAGCCGCUGCCGUUUGCCUAACGGCAGUGAACAAUACCCUCAUUCAACUUCAUCUUAGAUGGAACCAAAUAUCCGAUAGAGGAGGUGAAGCGCUAGCAGAAGCACUGAAAGUAAACAACACCCUCACUCAACUUGAUCUUAUAUUCAACCGAAUAUCCGAUAGAGGAAGUGAAGCACUAGCAGAAGCACUGAAAGUAAACCGCACCCUCACUCAACUUAAUCUUAUAUUCAACCGAAUAUCCGAUAGAGGAAGUGAAGCACUAGCAGAAGCACUGAAAGUAAACCACACCCUCACUCAACUUAAUCUUAUAUUCAACCAAAUAUCCGCUAUAGGAGGUGAAGCACUAGCUGAAGCACUGAAAGUAAACAACACCCUCACUCUGCUUGAUCUUUCCAACAACCAAAUAUCCGCUAUAGGAGGUGAAGCACUAGCUGAAUCACUGAAAGUAAACAACACCCUCACUCUGCUUGAUCUUUCCAACAACCAAAUAUCCGAUAGAGGAGGUGAAGCGCUAGCAGAAGCACUGAAAGUAAACAACACCCUCACUCAACUUGAUCUUGCACACAAUAAAAUAUCCGCUAUAGGAGGUUUAGCACUAGCAGAAGCACUGAAAGUAAACCGCACCCUCACUUAA